AUGGACAGUCCUUACGCGUCCAGCACUGACCUGUCUUCGGACUCUGCGCCUGACAAUACUCCUCAGGUUAAUAAUUAUUGGACUCGACAUCGAGCCCAGGAACGUUUAGAGGAGCCUGGCGCAGCCGAAAAUGGGCCCAGUCACGCUCCUGAGGACCUGGAGGACAUCCCUCUUGAUGAUGAGAACUCUGAUCAGGGAGAGCGUGAAGAAGGGUAUGAGAUGCUGGACGGACCGCUCGUUAGAGGGGCAAUGCACCGAGAUCGUUCCAUGAACGAACUCGCCCCUGAGGAGCUCUCUGACGAGGAAGCAUUUCCGGAGGAACUUCGGUUUGACGACGAUGGAAUGGUUGGGUAUUUUAGCGCUGCCAUGUUAAACGAGACUGAAGAGGAAUCUGGUCAGAGCACUUCUAGCCUUAUCCAGAACCCUUCUGGCACAGAUAUCCCGCAAGGAGUUCUUGCUGCUACCGCCCAGAUUGCGCAGAACAACCUCGCUAGGUCAUACGACAACCUUACCGGCGGGCUUAUAUAUACUGCUCAGCGUGCCCACGAUGCCAUGGUGACCACAACCCAAGCUGGAGGCCAUCUGGCUGAAGGGGCUUUGCGUGCUGGGAAUGAUGUCGCAAUUUGGGCUCAAGAGCGAUGGCCUAACAUGCCUCGUAUCAUCAACCGUGGAGUGUUGGGCUCUCUGACUGAGCUUGUGCUGGAGGGUGUUCAGGCUUUGCCACCUUCGGACUCCAUCAUUCGCCCACAAGGACGGCGAUGA